AUGACAAUACCCACCAAAACUUCUAAAUCAGAGCUUCGCAAAAAGUCAUCAAAGGCAAAGCAAAUUGACCAAAUUCCAGAGAAACCAUGCAAAAAGAUUGAAGCUCCAACAUCAACGAAACCAGUGCCUUCCAAGAAAGUUAAACAUCAGCCUAAAGAGGCAGAAGUUGAAAAGGUACAAAAAAAGAAGACUCGCUCAUCCGAUGUAAUCAGCAUUAGUAAGAAGGCUUCAUUGAAGAAAGUGAAUUCGUCCGCAGAAUUAAAGCACAAAUCUUCAUUGGCACCAUUACCGACCAAAAAUGCUAGAAAAAAGUCAAAACAAACAAGCAAUUCCACCACAUCCAAUGUUCCAAAAACUGCAAUUAAUAACGUAAAAAAACAAGAGAAAACAGAUCCUCAUAAACAUGUUGUUAAAUCAACGGCUGACAAGAAAUCCUCGACAAAGAAGCUGAAGAAGCAAUCCUCUGCGCAUAUUCUGCCUUCACUUCCUUCUCCACCUCCUUUAACCUCUACUCCAGCAACGAGACUGCCACUGCGGCAAUGUGCAUUGAUGGCAACAUCGGUCUCUGUAGGUGUUGAUAUGGGCACGCAAACAGAUCCUAUCGUUGACACACAACUAUCAAAACCAACUUACCAUAGCCAUUACCUGGAUGUUCGAGAUUUAGUACCAGUAAGCGCAUUGAAAAUCACGCUGGAGGAGCUUAUGGAUAGCAUGCAAAUUGUGGAAAAACAAAGUGCUGCUGUGCCGAUAAAGAAACAAGCAACUAUCAAAUCAAGGCUUCGGAAGGCUCUAAAAUCAAUCAAGAUCUAG